GGGAGGCACGCCCACCUUCGAUCCCCUUGUUUGGGAGCAGAGGACUAGAAGGUUCUGUUCGCGCCGCCGGUUUAGUCGUGUUGCUGGAUCCGCUGGGAGAGUAGUGACCCGGACAGAGCGAGACACGGGCACGAGUAAUGGCGAGCUUCAACAAGGGACCAGCUUACGGACUCUCCGCGGAGGUCAAGAACAAGAUUGCCCAGAAAUAUGACGCUCAGGUGGAGGAGGAUCUGCGACUCUGGAUAGAGGAGGUGACCGGCAUGAGGAUUGGUGAUAACUUCCAGAUGGGUCUGAGAGAUGGAGCCAUUCUCUGCCAUCUCAUCAAUAGAUUACAUCCAGGAGCAGUAAGGAAAGUCAAUGAUGCAAAAAUAAACUGGCACAAGCUGGAAAACAUUGGAAACUUUAUUAAAGCCAUGCAGGAAUAUGGCAUGAGGCCACAUGACAUUUUUGAAGCCAAUGACCUCUUUGAGAAUGGAAACAUGACACAAGUUCAGUCCUCUCUGGUGUCCCUGGCUGGUUUGGCAAAAACAAAAGGCUUUCACACUACCGUAGACAUUGGUGUCAAAUAUGCAGAAAAGCAGAAGAGACAGUUUAAUGAUGAUAAGCUAAAAGCCGGGCAGAGCGUUAUUGGUUUACAGAUGGGAACAAACAAAUGUGCAAGCCAAGCAGGAAUGACGGCCUAUGGUACAAGACGACAUUUGUAUGAUCCAAAGAUGCAGACUGAUAAACCAUUUGACCAGACGACAAUCAGCUUACAGAUGGGAACAAACAAAGGGGCCAGUCAGGCUGGCAUGUCGGCACCAGGAACAAGAAGAGAUAUCUAUGAUCAGAAAGGAAUCACUCAGCCAAUCGACAACUCUACAAUCUCACUACAAAUGGGCACCAAUAAGGUGGCAUCUCAGAAAGGAAUGAGCGUGUACGGCCUAGGCCGGCAAGUGUACGACCCCAAAUACUGCGCCGCCCCCACAGAACCAAUCAUACACAACGGCAGCCAAGGGACCGGCACAAAUGGCUCCGAGAUCAGCGACAGCGACUAUCAGGCAGAGUACCCUGAGGAUUACACAGGAGAGUACCCAGAAGACUACCCUAGAGAUUACCAUGGCCAGUACAGUGACCAGGGCAUAGAUUACUAGGUUUAUACAGUCUGCACAGUAUUAGUUCUUUAUUUUAUUCAAUGAAGACCAAGCUAGCCUUGUGUAAUUGUUUUUUUUUUCUGUCUUCCUUAAACACUACUAUGCUUUAAUAUGGAA